CUCUCUCUCUCUCUCUCUCUCCCCCCCCCCCUUUAUUUCCUUUCGCAACUUGUCGUCUCAACAUUUCUGUUGCAUCUCUCACUUUGCUCUUCCACAAGAUUACUAACCUACUCCUACCCCAUUUCAACACUUCUGCUACUAUUUGCAGCUGCAUUGUUCUUGAGAGCUGAGAUGGAGGAUUGCAACAGAGGCCAAGACUACUUCUCUGCCCAAGACCAUGAGUCAGCAGCUACCAACAAAUAUGGAGGACUUGCGCCAAAGAAGAAGCCUUUGAUUUCAAAGGAUCAUGAACGUGCCUUCUUUGAUUCAGCAGAUUGGGCACUAUGCAAGCAAGGUGCAGGGGUGAAUCCAAAAUCAACAGCAGCAGUGGAGACCUUACAACCAAAGCUCCAGAGAACUCCACACCAGCAGCUCCCCCCAAGGAGACCUGCUUGUACAUCUGGCCAUGAAUGAUAUGCAGCGUCGGAGCAUAGAGUCGUCGAGGGCUCAAAGUAGUUUGUUGUUUGAGAGAAUUAAUGUUGAUGACAAAGCUAUAUAUAUAACAAGCAUCGGAAUUGGCUGAAUGUAAUAAUUGUCAGUUAGUCUUUUUUUUUAUUUUUUAUUUUUUAUUUUUAAUAAGAGUAGUUCUCUCUAAAGUUUGCUCUUCUCUAUUAAUUUCGCAGUUCGUUUUGUGAUUCCAACUUGAGUUGAAUCCAUAACCAAAACUGGGACUUUAUAUGAAAGACUUAUAUUAGACAA